AUGUUCCGGACUAUGCUGCCGCGGGCGACGCCGCGGUCUGUCCUCCGCACAGCCGCGCCUCGCGCUGUUCCCUCUAACACCGUCCCUGCUCCAUCUCUCGCCUUUAUGGGAUUCUCAAAACGUGGCUUGGCGACUGCAUCAGAAGAGCACGACUUGGUUAUCAUUGGUGGCGGUGUUGCCGGAUACGUUGCAGCUAUCAAAGCUGGUCAGGAAGGCCUGAAGACCGCAUGUAUCGAGAAGCGCGGUACCCUCGGUGGUACUUGCCUUAACGUGGGAUGUAUUCCCUCAAAAUCCCUCCUGAACAACUCCCACCUCUACCACCAGAUUCUCCACGACACGAAAAAGCGUGGUAUUGAGGUUGGAGAUGUCAAGCUCAACCUCGAGCAGAUGAUGAAGGCGAAGGACACUUCCGUCGAGAGUCUGACAAAAGGUGUUGAGUUCCUGCUGAAGAAGAAUGGUGUCGACUACAUCAAGGGUACCGGUUCCUUCGUUGAUGCCAACACUGUCAAGGUCAACCUGCUUGAGGGUGGCGAGCAGACCCUUCGGGGAAAGAACAUCAUUAUUGCUACCGGAAGUGAAUCGACUCCCUUCCCCGGCCUGACCGUCGAUGAGAAGAGAAUUGUCACCAGCACCGGUGCUCUGUCUCUGUCUGAGGUUCCAAAGAAGAUGGUUGUGAUUGGUGGUGGUAUCAUUGGUCUGGAGAUGGCCUCUGUGUGGUCCCGUCUCGGUGCCGAAGUCACCGUUGUUGAGUUCUUGGGUCAGAUCGGUGGACCUGGUAUGGAUGCAGAGAUCUCCAAGCAGGCACAGAAGAUCCUGAGCAAGCAGGGCAUCAAGUUCAAGCUGAACACCAAGGUCACCAAGGGUGACGACAGCGGUGAGAACAUCGUCCUCAACGUUGAGGCCUCUAAGGGUGGUAAGGAGGAGACCCUCGACGCUGACGUCGUCCUGGUUGCUAUUGGUCGACGCCCGUACACUGCUGGUCUGGGUCUGGAGAACGUCGGUCUUGAUGUCGACGAGAGAGGCCGCCUGGUCAUUGACCAGGAGUACCGUACCAAGGCUUCCCACAUCCGUGUCAUCGGAGACUGCACUUUCGGUCCCAUGCUCGCCCACAAGGCCGAGGAGGAGGCCGUUGCUGCCAUCGACUACAUCAAGAAGGGCUACGGCCACGUCAACUACGCUGCCAUCCCCAGUGUCAUGUACACUCACCCCGAGGUCGCCUGGGUUGGCCAGAACGAGGCUGAGGUGAAGGCUUCUGGCGUGAAGUACCGUGUCGGUACCUUCCCCUUCAGCGCCAACUCCCGUGCUAAGACCAACCUUGAGACCGAGGGUCUCGUCAAGUUCAUCGCUGAUGCCGAGACUGACCGCAUCCUGGGUGUUCACAUUGUCGGACCUGGUGCUGGUGAGAUGAUCGCCGAAGCCACUCUCGCUGUCGAGUACGGUGCUUCAAGCGAGGACGUUGCCCGGACGUGUCACGCCCACCCUACCCUCUCCGAGGCCUUCAAGGAGGCUGCCAUGGCCACCUACGCGAAGCCCAUCCACUUCUAG